UCAGAGAUCUCACCAAAAUGAUGGUAGCCCGCGAUAUACCUUUAAUAAAAGCCAAUCAUAAAGAGUUCAGAUCGUUUAUGGAAAAAUAUGUCCAGAAAAAAGUUCCUGAUCAAUCGACUAUGCGGAAGCACUAUUUAAAAGAAAUUUAUGAAAAUGUUUUGGAAGAAAUACGGUCGCAUAUUGGAAACAGCAGCAUUUUUGUGUCAAUUGAUGAGACUACGGACAAAGCAGGCAGAUUCGUUUGCAAUGUCAUUGUCGGCCCUUUACGGCAAGGUGGCCGAGGCUUUCUUCUAACAUCGGAAGUAAUACAAAAGACGCUGCACCAUAUAUGAAAAAAGCGUAGUUGGGAUUCAGUCAUUUUAUCCACGAAUGAUUCAUAUUACAUGUGUUGCGCACGGAGUUCACAG